CUGCUCCAGCUGCUCCGGGUGGAGCGCCCCAGCCCCGAGCCGUGGCUGCCUAGGGUGGCGGGCCCGCGGAGGGGAGCAGCGGACCACCAGCUCUGGCUGAGGGGUCCGGGGGCGACAGCCCGAGGGGAUCCGGGAGGCGGGGGAGCCGCAGACGGACCGCCUGCAGCGCGGAGGCGAGGACCGGGGCUGGGCUUUCCUCACCCGGGUACCUUCUCAUCCCAUAACUUCAGUGUCCUGAAAUCUGAGGAUUCCACCAAGAUAAUAUGAUAGGAACUUUCAGUGAUUUGGAGCUGUAUCCUACUUAGACUCAUGCAGGCCUUCCAGAUUUCCUGAGAGCUUGGUCCAGUAACACACACUGUCACAGGCACAGACAAUAAUGCCAUCUCUGCCUCAAGAAAGAGUUAUUCAGGGACCCUCUCCCCUGGAUCUGAAUACAGAAUUGCCUUAUCAAAGCACAAUGAAAAGGAAAGUCAGAAAGAAGAAAAAGAAGGGAAUCAUUACAGCAAAUGUUGCUGGGACAAAGUUUGAAAUUGUUCGUUUAGUAAUAGAUGAAAUGGGAUUUAUGAAAACUCCAGAUGAGGAUGAAACAAGCAACCUUAUAUGGUGUGAUUCUGCAGUUCAGCAGGAGAAGAUUGCCGAGCUGCAAAAUUACCAGAGGAUCAACCAUUUUCCAGGAAUGGGGGAGAUCUGUAGAAAGGAUUUCUUAGCAAGAAAUAUGACCAAAAUGAUCAAGUCCCGGCCUCUGGAUUAUACCUUUGUUCCUCGAACAUGGAUCUUCCCUGCUGAAUAUACACAAUUCCAGAACUAUAUGAAAGAAUUGAAGAAAAAGAGAAAGCAGAAAACUUUUAUAGUAAAACCAGCUAAUGGUGCAAUGGGUCAUGGGAUUUCUUUGAUAAGAAAUGGUGACAAACUUCCAUCUCAGGAUCAUUUGAUUGUUCAAGAAUACAUUGAAAAGCCUUUCUUAAUGGAAGGUUACAAGUUUGAUUUACGAAUUUAUAUUCUGGUAACAUCAUGUGAUCCACUGAAAAUAUUUCUCUACCAUGAUGGACUUGUGCGAAUGGGGACAGAGAAAUACAUCCCACCUAAUGAGUCUAAUUUGACGCAGUUAUACAUGCAUCUAACAAACUACUCUGUGAACAAGCACAAUGAGCGUUUUGAAAGGGAUGAGACUGAAAACAAAGGCAGCAAACGUUCCAUCAAGUGGUUUACAGAAUUCCUACAAGCAAAUCAACAUGAUGUUGCUAAGUUUUGGAGUGAUAUUUCAGAAUUGGUUGUAAAGACUUUGAUUGUAGCAGAACCUCAUGUCCUGCAUGCAUAUCGAAUGUGCAGACCCGGUCAGCCUCCAGGAAGUGAAAGCGUCUGUUUUGAAGUUCUGGGAUUUGAUAUUUUGUUGGACAGAAAACUAAAGCCAUGGCUUCUGGAGAUUAAUCGAGCUCCAAGCUUUGGAACGGAUCAGAAAAUAGACUAUGAUGUAAAAAGGGGAGUGCUGCUAAAUGCAUUGAAACUGCUAAACAUCAGGACCAGUGAUAAAAGGAGAAACUUGGCCAAACAAAAAGCCGAGGCUCAAAGAAGGCUUUAUGGCCAAAAUUCAAUAAAAAGGCUCUUACCAGGUUCCUCAGACUGGGAACAGCAGAGACAUCAGUUAGAGAGGCGGAAAGAAGAGUUGAAAGAGAGACUCGCUCAAGUACGAAAACAGAUCUUAAAAGAAGAACAUGAAAAUCGACAUAUGGGGAAUUAUAGACGAAUUUAUCCUCCUGAAGAUAAAACUCUGCUUGAAAAGUAUGAAAAUUUGUUGGCUGUUGCCUUUCAGACCUUCCUGUCAGGAAGAGCAGCUUCAUUCCAGCGAGAGCUGAAUAAUCCUUUGAAAAGGAUGAAGGAGGAAGAUAUUUUAGAUCUUCUGGAACAAUGUGAAAUUGACGAUGAAAAACUGAUGGGCAAAACUGUCAAGCCUCGAGGACCAAAGCCUCUGUCCUCCAUGCCUGAGAGCUCUGAGGUAAUGAGAAGACAGAAAUACUAUAGCAGUGACAGCAGUUAUGACAGUAGCAGCAGCUCUUCGGAAUCAGAUGACAACGAAAAGGAAGAAUACCAAAAUAAGAAAAGAGAAAAACAAGUUACGUAUGACCUGAAACAGUCCAACCACUACAAGUUAAUUCAACAAUCCAGGAAUAGCCACGAACGCUCCUUGAGGCUUCUCUCCAAAGUAAUGCUAAUGACGGAGGACAAAAUCCAGCUAAUGAAGAGAAUUAUUUGGGUAUUCAACCUGCCUUCAUGCUCUAUUAGGCGUUCAGUCAGUUGCCCUCGGUCCAUCUCUUCUCAAUCACCUUCCAGUGCAGACAACCGGCCGUUUUCUGCUCAACAAAUGAUAUCAGCAUCCCGGCCGGCUUCAGGGUCUCGGUCGCAUUCCUUAAACCGUGCUUCCUCCUACAUGAGGCAUCUGCCUCACACUAAUGAAGCCAGCUCUACUAACUCUCAGAUGAGUGAGUCUUUGCGGCAACCGAGAACAAAGGAACAAGAAGACCAUCUAACAAGUCAGACCUUAUUUGUCCUCAAGGACAUGAAGAUCCGGUUUCCAGGAAAAUCAGAUGCAGAAUCAUUACUUCUGAUAGAAGAUAUCAUUGAUAACUGGAGGUAUCAUAAAACAAAAGUGGCUUCAUAUUGGCUCAUAAAAUUGGACUCUGUAAAACAACGAAAAGUUUUGGACAUAGUAAAAACAAGUAUCCGUACAAUUCUUCCACGCAUCUGGAAGGUACCUGAUGUCGAGGAAGUAAAUUUAUAUCGGAUUUUCAACAGGGUUUUUAAUCGCUUACUCUGGAGUCAUGGUCAAGGACUGUGGAACUGUUUCUGUGAUUCAGGAUCCUCUUGGGAGAGUAUUUUCAGUAAAAGCCCAGAGGUGGUGACUCCUUUGCAGCUCCAAUGUUGCCAGCGCCUGGUUGAGCUUUGUAAACAGUGCCUGCUAGUGGUUUACAAGUAUGCAACUGACACAAGAGGAUCACUGUCAGGCCCUGGUACUGAUUGGAGUAACUCCAGGUAUUUAUUACCAGGAAGUACACAAUUCUUCAUGAGAACACCAACCUACACCUUGAAAUACAGUUCACCUGGAAUGACUCGCUCCAAUGUUUUGUUUACGUCCCGAUAUGGCCAUUUGUGAAACAGAAAGGAAGAUCACCAUGGAUUAUGCAUAAUAGCAAUUCAUUUUUUCCCUCCAAUUUAAACAUGCAAAGAAAGUGACCAUUAAGUGCUGUUUUAUGUAUAUAUGACAUAUAUGUGUGAAAAUAUAUACACAUGUGCACUCAAAUAAUACAUAUAUAUUUAUUAUAAUAUAUGAAAGAAGAAUUAGCAGAAAACUGGAUAUAAGACUUAACCUUUCUGGAAAUGUAAUAAACCAUGCUAAAAUUGUUUACACAAAUAUGUGAAUGUCUAGAAUUUGCUAGGUUUAUAAUUAAUACGUUCCUACUAGAAAUGUUAUUUUUGCUGCAGAAUAUAUAAAACAGAAUUGAUCUUGAA